CAUCCUUGUAGCUCUUCUUGUCUCGUCUCUGAAUAAAAUGAUAUGAAAGAAAAACAGAAAACAGCUGAAAAAAAAAGAAAAAUUAGAUGUGAUUUUGUACGGUGGGACGAAAUGUGGUGAACGCAGGGAUCCAGGGGGGAAAACAUUUCAGUUUACAGCCUCUCAUCUGGUCUGUUCUAGCUGAAGAAGAAGGAGGAGGGGUGAAAGGAGAAUUUCCCUCUGCUUUUUUUCCAUCGGCUGCCUGGAAAACCUUGGAAGGACAUCGUCCGUGGCCACAUUUCUCCAUGAAUAGGAGUACAGGAACACCGUGAGCGCCUCAUGGCUGCCGCCCAUUGGAGGAUUGAAUCCCAGUAGGGUCGCCCUCAAAACACACUCGGCUCGCCUCCACGCCGGCGUCCUGCAACGACCAUGUCUCUGACCACCACCAAACCCCAGCUGUUGACGUCCACCCAAACCCUGACCCCAUUCCCAGCCCCCACCCUCCCCCUCACCACCUUCAUUCCAGUUCCCUCAAGCUCCGGAGAGCCCAGAACUGAGCCGGAGAACAUCACGUCCAGGAUGGCGUGGUCCGCCAACGGGACGGGCCUGAACUCCACGCAGCUGCCCGUGGCGUCGGUGGAAGGCGCUGGGAUGGGAAUGGUGCUCGUGCCCUUCGGCAUCAUCACAGUCAUCGGGCUGGCUGUUGUUGUGCUUCUGUACAUCCGGAAAAAGAAGAGGCUGGAGAAACUGAGACACCAGCUGAUGCCCAUGUAUAACUUUGAUCCUGCUGAAGAACAGGAUGAUCUAGAGCAGGAACUCUUGGACCACGGACGAGACGGAAGCCCAGCAGGACCAAACUCCAAAACACUGACCACAAGUCAGGGAACAACCCAAAAACCCAGUCGACUUGUUUUCACUGACGUGGCCGAUGCCAUUAAUGCAUGACGACACUCGCAGGCCGCACGGGAACAAAGGGACAGCAAAUCUGGACAACUGGACACACUGAGAUUCAGGAAUAUUUGCAUUGACACUUGGUACAGUAUAGUACACUGUAAGAAACAUUUGGUUAACUGCUGCCUUUUUAAUGAAUAAUUGCCAAGCCAAAGUUACAAUCUGCAGCACUGAGAUCAUUACAUCGUUGACCACUUUGAUUUUAAUUGAUUUUAAACCCACAAAACUCUCACAUGCAAAUGACAGAAGUUAGUGUAACAAAUACACAAUGAAAUGAAUAUUUUUUACGGUGUGCACUGACGAAUAAGACAUUAUACAUUUUAAGGACACGCAAUUAAAAAACUGCAAGAAAGACAUCCUCUGCAUCUGUACAACUGUUAUGAACACUCAUGCAACAGGGACUUUAUUAUUAUAAAUAACCUCUAGUGUAAUAAGAAUCAUUUUGAGCCUCAUUCAUGAAACCAAUGUCUCUGUGAAUUUUUUGUUGAACCAUUUUGUCAUAAAUUGCUGCAUAAUGAGACAACAUUAUUUUAGAAACACUGGAUGAGGCUCACUUGAAUCUGAAUGACUGAUAAAAUAAUCAGUUUUGCAGAUUAUUUAUUUUUAAGAAGGGAAUCCAAAUGCAACGUUUGUCUGUGAGAAAUCUAUAAGUUUGGUGAAUGAGAGAACCACAUGAUUUAUUAUUUAUUCCCAGCUGAAAGCAUUCUGAAAUACAUGAAUAUUCCCAUGAAGAUAAUCUCAGCUUUAAAGGGAUAGUUCACUUUGAAAUUAAUUGUUCGUAUGUUUUAUCUCACCUCAUGGCCAUCCAAGAUGUAGGUGUCUUUGUUUCCAC